UUUUCUCGAAGUAAGCAGCAAUGGUUUCCGUUCCCAAGCAAAAUAAUCCGGAUGAUGAUUAUGAGGGUUCAUGCAUGUUUUGAUACAUAUAUAAAGAGCUGACCACUGAAACUGCGAGGGUGUUGGCAUUAUGACGUAUUUUUAUGCUAAAUAUCAUCAUAUGCUUGUCGUUUCUUGUCUGUCGCACGCGAAAAAUAUCACUUGUUAAUAUUCUCUUCUAAGUAAGACUAAAAUAUACGUCUAAAGGUUAAAGUAUGAGCGACGAUUACGAAGUUGUUUUGUCUGGUGGUGGACCUUAUGGAUUUCGUCUACAGGGAGGCAAAGAAUUUGGCCGAAGUUUGGCUAUACAAUCAAUAACUCCAGGAGGAAAAGCAGACAAUCAAGGAAUCUGUUCUGGAGACAGUCUAAUUGCCAUUAAUGACCAACUCACUGACAACAUGACCCAUAUUGAGGCUCAAAAUGCAAUCAAACGUUCACAGACUUUGAAACUAAAUCUUAAAAGAAAACCUGGAAAUAUUGCUGUAUCCAUGGGAUCAAAAAGCCCCAUCAUUUCAACAAAAAUAACACAUUCAAACAAAGUAGACCACAAAUAUAAUGCUCAACCAAAGUCAUUCAGUCCAGUUCAAGGUCCAAUCAAAUCAUCUGCUCCAAUCAAAUCAUCUGCUCCAACCAAAUCAUCUGCCCCAGUCAAAUCACUGAAGUCCUCAGCACCACCAGAUGAGAAGAAGGAGGAUAAUCUUGAAGAUUCAGAAGUGUUGAAAAUGUUACGUAACUCAAACCUGUCAGAUGAAUCAACUGGUUUACGUCACACUACAAAUGGAAAAAUACUUAGCAGUGACUCUGACAAUGAAAAUGAUGAGUUACCACCACCACCUCCAGAAGCAUAUGAAGCACAUGAAAGAAAUGAAGGACAUCAAUCAAGGACAUUUCGCUUACUGGAGAAAACCAUGAACGCUGGAGAUGAUCAUCCUAGUUCGUUAAGUAAAGAAACUGUUAAUCCACUCACAACCAAUCACCUGAGAGGUCCAAAACCUUACAACUCACCCAGCCAAACCUGGACUCCACAGCCUGGAACAAUCAAAUCUGGUCCACCACCAAUCCCAGCUAAUAAAAAACAACAAAAACCCGUUGAAGCCUCUCCACCACCUCCCAAACCUGCACCAUCGAAGCCUCCUUCUCAAGCUACACCACGGAUUACUUCGCCGCCAAAGCCAAAGCCCGGCAGUACAGUGUGCGAUAAAUGCGGUGAAGCCAUACAAGGUCCUUUUGUGAGCGCUCUAGGACGAACAUGGCAUCCGAAUUGUUUCCGUUGUGCUGGAUGCGACAAGUCAUUGCAGAAUAUUGGUUUUAUCGAAGAAGCUGGAAAGAUGUAUUGUGAAGAUUGUUACAAUGAGCAGCUAGCACCAAAAUGCGCAAAAUGCAAUCAGCCAGUUGUUGGUAUGAGUGUUAAAGCUCUGGGAAAACUUUUCCACGAGGAAUGCUUUACAUGUACCCACUGUGGUAAAAAAUUGGCUGGCGAGGGUUUCAAUGUAGAAAAUGGUGAACCAUACUGCGGUUAUCACUAUAAUGAAUUGUUUAGCGUGAAAUGUUAUUCGUGUAAGCAAAUAAUUCGUGCCGGUGAUCGCUGGUUGGACGCUGUCAAUGAAAAAUGGCACGUCGAUUGCUACCGUUUAAAAAUGUUAUAUCGUUGACAUUUAGUAAUAAUUAAACUUUUAUGUAUUUUUUUCUAUCUUUGUGCAUUAAUGUAAUGAUUAUUUUUUUAAUUUGCACUACAAUACACGCUUGAUAUUAUUUGUCAUCGUCAAAGAAAUCAAAUAUCUAAAAACCUUUAACUCGCUAUAAAUGAAAGCAUAAAACAUAAAAUAAUUUCGAUGGAGAAUAAACAGUUACCUUUACGUUUAUCUUUAUGAUCAAUAUAUUUGCAAUGAUAGAAUAUUUGAUUAUAUAUCCAAUGUAUUUUGUAAAUCAAUGUAUUAUAAUUUGGAAAUAUAAAGUUCCUUCAAUUCUCUCGUUUCUAUGA